AAAAAACCCCCACUCAUUUGCAGAGAGAGAGAGAGAGAGAAAGAGAGAGAGAGAGAGAGAGAGGGAGGGGGGGAGAGAGCAAUUCCUUCCUCUUCUUCACAGUUGUUUCUUCCCUCUUCUUCAACCUCCUCUCAGGUAAUUCUGCCCCUCGCCACUGUAAUUCGAAGCUUUGCGUGCCGGAAUUGGAUCGUGUCUGCCGACCCUUUUGGGCAAACUUUGUUUCUUGGCGGUUUGUUCGGUGCUCAGAUUCGGCUGAUUGGGAGAUUGGUUUCUGCACCUUCUCUCCCUUUCUUUGCAUCAUCUAAAAUUGGGUUUUGAUUCUUUAUUUGUUUAAUGGGAGUUAGGGGUUCGGUCGGGUUGGUCUUCGUUUUGAGCUGUGGUGAAUUGCUUUAUCUUGAAUUUAUCGAAUUCUGGCUGUCUGCGCGUUCGAAUGCUUGCUUACAGAUCGGGGAAGCUGGAAAUUUAGGCGAUUGAUGCAGUUUGAUUGUGAAAAUUUGAGGAUGGAUUUCUGCAUCUGUGUUUGAGUAGAGCUGAAGCAAGAAACGAAGAGCUUAUAUUAUCCUGAGCUGUGUUUGUGUGUGAUUUGGUGUUUCGAUUGCCUGGUCAGUUAGGAGAUAAGGUUUACUUUGUAUUGCUCAUCUGUUAGAUAUUUGGAUUUGAUUCAGUUGCUGAAACCGGGGCCUCGUGGAUUUGGAAACAGAUGGUAAGGGGAGGGAAGGGUGGUUCCAAGAGAGAUUUUAAGAAAAGGGCCAAGGGGGACAAGAGUUCGGAUGAUUCAGAUGAAGAUUACGUAGUUUCUGAUGAACAGAGCGAUGCAUCUGAGGAUGCCUUGGAGGAUUUAGCUGGGUCCGAGUCUGAGUAUGGUCUAGUUGAGAGUCUACAUAAUGAGGUCUUGAAUGACGACGAUGGUGUUAAUGAUGAUGACUAUGUGGAGGAGUUGGAUGAGGAGUGUAAGGAGGAAAGAGGAGGAGAUGAACUAGAGGAUGAGGUAGUUAAAUCAGAAAUGAAAUGGGGUUCAUCUGGUCAGAGGAAAUCUGGGGGUAAAACUUCGAGAAAGCGGAAUAGAGUUACUUUAGAAGAGGAAGAAGGUGAUGAUGUUGAAGAUUGUGAAGCCAAUGAUGAAGACUACGAGGUUAAGGAGGAAGGAGGAGGAGAUGAACUAGAGGAUGAGGUAGUUAAAUCAGAAAUGAAAUGGGGUUCAUCUGGUCAAAGGAAAUCCGGGGGUAAAACUUCGAGAAAGCGGAAUAGAGUUACUUUAGAAGAGGAAGAUGACGAUGAUGAGGAUUAUGAAGCCAAUGAUGACGACGACGAGGAUGAUGAGGAAUUUACACCUGAUGAAGAUGAUUGCUUGGAUGAUGAAGAGGAUUCUGCGGUGAAAAUGAGGAACAGGAGUAAAUUGGAGGCGUAUAAGAAGUUGGGUAGACGGGGCACUCGAAGAAAGGUUGCUAAAAGUGGUCGAAAACGGAGAAAGAAGUUGGCAGCUCCGAAGAGUCUCUCGAGAAAGAAGGGAAGGAAUAUCAAGCGAACAAGGAAGAAGGCCAGAUAUGAAGAUGACGAUGAGGAUGAUGCUGGUUUUUCAGAGGAGAACAUGGUUAUGAGAGAAAGGGGGAGAAAAACUAUGGGAAGAAGCAAGAGGAGGUAUAUGGUGAGAUCGGAUUCAGAUUUCGUGAGUUCCGGGUCAUCUGAUUUCGAGUACACUAUAUCUGAGGAAGAGAGAGAGCAGGUGAGAGAAGCCAGUGAAUUUUGUAGGAAUCUGAAUGUAACACCUGGACGAUGGAGUUCAUCCUCCUCUGAGCGGUGUGUAAAAGGUGGAUACUUGCGACUGAGGGCAGCUCCAUCCAGGAAAACAGAAGAGGAUGUUGAUUUGCCACAGCAAAGAAAGUCUCCUACCCUAAAGGGUAAACAAAAAGUAGAGGAAGUGAAUAUAAAGCAAGUUUGUGGAAUUUGUCUCUCUGAAGAGGAUAAGAGAAGGAUCCGAGGAACGCUAAACUGUUGCAGCCAUUAUUUUUGUUUCACUUGCAUCAUGGAAUGGUCAAAAGUGGAAUCCCGCUGUCCAUUAUGCAAGCAGAGGUUCAAUACCAUCAGUAAACCAGCUAGAUCAGCUGCAGGGGUUGAUCUAAGGGAAGCGGUGAUACAAGUGCCAGAGCGUGAUCAGGUCUACCAACCCUCAGAGGAAGAAAUAAGGGGUUAUCUUGACCCUUACGAGAAUGUCAUAUGCACAGAAUGCCACCAAGGUGGGGACGAUGGUCUUAUGCUUCUUUGUGAUCUCUGUGAUUCUCCAGCUCACACUUAUUGUGUGGGUCUUGGGAGAGAGGUCCCUGAAGGGAACUGGUAUUGUGAGGGAUGCAGACCCGGGGCUCUUGGGUCCUCAAGUUCUUACCCUCAAGAUCCUAAUUUGUCUGACCAGAGGAUGGGCAUAAAUGGUGGUGAUGGCUUGGACCUUAAUGUGACCCCUUCUCCUCUGCCCUUUACUCAAGGACUUGGAGGUCUGGCAUCUCCAAGAUUUAACGGUGUAAUCAAUCAAGCAGCUUCAUUUGGAGCUGGUGCUGCUACUGUAUCAGGAAGGCGAUGGAUACAACGCCACAUACAGCAGAUAUUAACUGGUCAUAGAAUGAAUACUCUCUCUCCAAGAACAGACGGGAUAUCUGCUGUUCAUGUGGGCCCUGAUCCACUAUAUUCCCGCAUUGAUCAUUCUAGGCCAAGUCCAAUUCCCAAUUUGAGGACCCCUGAAAUGAGGGCAUCACUUGAGAGCAUCUUCGGGGAGAGAUUACAAGAAACUUCGUCGCCUUCCUUGAGAAGCAGGGAGUGUUUUCAUUCUAGACAGAUUACUUCGAGAAGGCAAGGAGUUGAGGAGCUGACUGUUAUGCCUCCAAGUAAUACCUCUAGAGCGCUUACCUUCAACGAGCUUGGAGGGAUGAAUAAUGUGGCACUGGCUCAUGAGCAGCUUCCUCAGUCAACCAGCAGCAUAUCAACUUUGGCUCCUGAGUUUACUGCCUCUCCUCAUGCGGUAAGGGAGGAAAGCCACUUUGAUAGAGCGAAGGAGCAAGUGCAAUCAAUGGUUAAAAACCAUUUGAAGAGCAUCUCCAAAGAUGUUUUAGGUCAUGAUGAUUUCAAGGACAUAGCGAGGAGUUCCACACAUACAAUUCUGGCGGCUUGUGGGCUCGACCACCGUAAAACCGAGGUCCAUGCUGGCCCUCUACCACCACCAUUGGCUUGUUCGCAUUCCGAACUGGUAUCGAGUGGACAGUCGAGUCUGAUAAAAGGCCUUUGCUCGGCAUGUUUCGAUAUUUAUGUCAGGGAUGUGGUGGAGAGCGUGAUGAACACGAGAUCGCGGCCCUGGUUACGUUUAGGUCUCUAGCAGAAGAUUGAUAUUUUGAUAGUUGGGGGUUGCAGCUUUCUGCAGCCCUUCCCCUUUCGUUAGGAAAUUUUAGACAAGAAUUAGAAAAAAAUUGUCACUUUGGCUUCACUGUUCAUAGAGGUCUUUGACCUUAUUAGACCUCAAAAGACCCAUUCUGUUCAGUAAAAAUUGAUCAUUUUUUUCUCAAACAUUAUUCUCCUCUUUAUAACAUUAGCUAAU